AUGUCUUCCACAACCGACUCAAUGAGCCUUCUCUAUGUCGACAAUCCGGAGCCCGAAGAACCUGUCCCUGCCACGGGCCCCGCACCACCAGAGGCAUAUAUACCACGUGCUGGAAGCGAAGAGUUAUUCGAGUACUCAAAUAUGGCACCGGAGGGUUAUGUUCCCAGCGAUGCAUCUCCUGCCGUACCCACCUUCCCGGAGCCCUACAUCGCGGCCACCCCAGAAGUCAAACGACGAUCUACCACACAUGCGUCGUCUCACUCUAGCCUGUCUUCUGAUCCUCCGCCUCCACCGCCCGAUGACCCACAGCGUCAGUCUCUGGUUCGCACCUCUGCCAUCUCGCUAGAUGCCACGGCUCGUUCUGCAUCCGGCCAUCGCCGCCGCCACACGCAGACGUCAACAUACAAUCUAGAUGAUAUCCUGCAAGCAUUUGCAAGCUCGCAUCAUGACUCGAAGGAUAUGCGACGCUCCCUGAAGGCUGCUAUGCAGAAGCUGGAACAGGCUAAGCAGCGUGCUGACCACGCUGACCAUAUAGCCGCCCAACUGGCCGGGCGUGUGAACAAGGUCGCGGGUCAGAAGUCCACUGCCGCCCGUGAAGCGUCUGCGGCUCGAGAGGAGUUAAACCUUUACAAGGUCCAGUACUCGAAUGCUCAGCGCGAGCUCGAGCGGGGUAAUCGUGCAUUGCACGACUCAGAGGCGCGUCGAGAUGAAGCGGAAGCAGCCGCCGCACGAGCUCGGGAUAGAGCUCGGGAUAUGCGCACUCAACUCCUCGUCGAGCGUGCUCGGGAAGAAGGUCGGCGAGCUGGUCUGCAAGAGGGACUUCGACUAUAUCGAGGGCGUCGUUACGUCCACGAGUACGACGAAUACACUGAGGAUGUAGAGGAGGUGAUGGAGGAUAUUCUCACACAGCAGAAUGAGCCCGUCCGCUCGGAAUAUACGCCGCGUUCUCAACAAGAUGCUGUGCCUCCGACGCGUCGCUCAACACGCAGUACUCAACGUACACCACGCCCUCCCCAACAACCUCAAUACACACCCUCCGACCGUACCGACUCACGUCCGAUCCUGAUGCAGGGAGACGGUCCCACGCCCGAGUCGUUCUUCGCGGAGACGCCCACGCCAGCACCCAGAGAGGAGUACGUACAGGAUACCACCGAGUCGAUGUCGACCGACACGACGAGUACAUUACCACUUGCUCCUCCUCCGGUUCUGGUCAUUCCACCACAACGCAUGUCUACCAUCCAUGAAGUGCCAUCAAGAGGCUCCAUGGUUUCUAGCGUGCCCACGAUCAUGCGUGACGAGCCUCGGACUUCUUCUAGGUCUUCGCGUCGAUCGGGCGUUCGUAGCCAGCCUCCGCCGCCUAGAGAGCGAACACCCAGCCCCGCUCCUACCGUACCUCUCGAACCCCAUGAGAUUCCUCAAUCACCAAACACCGCUUUUGCGCCUCCGCCGGGAGCUAUUAACUAUGCGGCCGUAGCUGCCGCAGGCCAGGCUCGUUCCCUGAGCCCUGUCUUCGGCAUCCCCCCUCUUGAACAUCCUCCUCCCUUCCACCCGAGGGCGAAUCCAAACGUGCAACCUCAACCAUUCAUUCCGAGCGCUCCUCCCUCUCCGCGAGGCUCAAUGUAUGGCGUCGGUUCUCCCAAUAUGACGACGAGAGAGCUACAGCAGAGCUUUAGGGAGAGUCGGGCAGGCUCGCUAAGCGGUUCAACCCGUCCCUCGUAUCCUCGGGUCCAGCCUCCAAAUCCCAUACCACCUCGCUUCACGCCAAGUCCGCAGAUGCCCGCACCUCUUGCACCUCAGCCUCAGCGCCAAGCUCCGUCGUUCACUCAGCCGCGCCCGUCCUCGUCAACUGGCACCAUUCCACAACCAUUUAUCCCCCCUCCUUCAGAGGCGAUGUCGAGUCGCCACGGUCAUCGACGUAGCCAUUCUGCAAACAUACCACCGUCAACUCAAGAGGUGCAGCGUCCGCAACCCCCUCCCUUUCAUCCGCGCCACGCUCCUGGCUCGAUGGUACGACGCUCGACGUCGGGCGGGGUACCAAUACAGAUCUCUGUGGAGUCUCCUUCCGAUCCUGGCAACACGCCCACCCCUGCGUCUCAACCCGCCGAUGAACCCAAUCAGAGCAGAGAAUAUCUGAGCCCCAGACAUAUGCCGACGACGCUUCCGGUUCGGACAUCUUCGACUUCGUCGUCUCAUGUUGUACCCUCCCCGACCUCAACCCCGCGCUCGGUUUCUAACCCACUUCCUCAACAUGCUCGACCUAAUCCAUCAGUUCCAGUCGCUGCUCCACUGUAUGGUCAACAACCCGACCCCAACUCGUACUAUGGACGUCAACCGCCGCCUGUGGUCCCGUCAACAGGAACUGCACGUCGCGGUCCCCCACUACGCCAACCGGUUGCCCCUGUCGUACCAUCAUCAUCGAGUGCAAGUUCUCGACCACAACGUUAUCCGCCCAGGGUCUACGAAUCACAGUCUCCGGAAGAUACGCGUCCACCUGCGGCUGCGACUUCGCGUAUGUACGGCGCCCCUACGCGCUCAGCGUCCAUGGGUGCGCCGCCGCCGAGCAACACUGUUCCAAUCGUGGUUCCGCCACCAGGUUCUGGUCGUUCCCCUCGCCUCGCAAAUGGCCCUCUGCCGGGUCAACCCGCAAUAGUUCAGGCCGGGGAGAGCGCACAGGCUCGGCCUGCGGCGUACCGAGGGCAGCAGCCCGUUCCCAUCCCACCGCGCCACGGAAGUCCCGCGCCGCUCAUGGUCCCGUCCCCCGAAAUUCGCGGCGCGCCGCUCUAUGUGCCGUCCCCGGAAGCCCGCGUCGCGGCACUGGGAUCCUCGUAUGCAGGCGCCACACCGAGAAUGGGCACAAACGGACUUUCGCAGGAGCAGGGUGGAUAUAUCCCGCGCUCGCCCACAGGCUCUUUCUCAAAUCUGGCACCGCCCAGCCCGCGCGGACCGCAUGCCAAUCCGUUGUUCACGCGUUUCGACCGCAAUUCGAUGGAGAAUAUGGGGGAUAUGAGCCAAGUCGCGUUGGCUACCGCUACGCAGCCACCUGAGGAAUCUGCGACCAACGUUCUGACUAGGGGUCUUAGGAACGUGUUCGGUGGCCGUGGAAAACGCAGGUAA